UUUUUCCGCUCUCGGAGCCGGCUGCUGCCGGGAGCGGUUCGUCAGGCCACCGGGAACGGACGGGGCAGCGGGGCGGAGCGGUGAGUUGUUACCAGCUCACCGGCUCCCAGCCGACUCUGGGAGGCUCGAGACUUCUGCGAGGGGCGAGGCCCAACUCCUGUUUUUUCUGUUGGACAAGGAAAAGAAGUUCGGUCAAGAAGGUGCCAGUAAGGAGAGAGCAGAGGGACCAAGAAAGUGGAGGUCUCUAUAAAUUCAAAGGAUAGAUGAAUGGGAGUAAAGAAAUUUUUUAAAAGAAAGAUUGACUUGGUACCCUGAAGAGGCUCCUGGGUCAAAGCAGUAAAAGAGAUAGAGUGAUGGAAGAUUGUAGUUAAAAAGGAGAAUUGGGCUUCCCUGGUGGCGCAGUGGUUGAGAAUCUGCCUGCCAAUGCAGGGGACACGGGUUCGAGCCCUAGUCUGGGAAGAUCCCACAUGCUGCGGAGCAACUAAGCCCGUGAGCCACAAUUACUGAGCCUGCGCAUCUGGAACCUGUGCUCCGCAACAAGAGAGGCCGUGAUGGUGAGAGGCCCGCGCACCGCGAUGAAGAGUGGCCCCCACUUGCCGCAACUAGAGAAAGCCCUUGCACAGAAAUGAAGACCCAACACAGUCAUAAAUAAAUAAAUAAAUAAAAUUUAAAAAAAAAAAAAAAAGGAGAAUUGACUGUGGUCAAGCAGGAGAAUAGUUGUGUCAAGUUUCAGGUCUCAGUGGCUGAAGAUGAAGCUCCUUGAGGUUGAAGAUCUAAAUAAAACUAGUGCAGGAAGUUGGAGAAGAAUGUCAAUAUAGAUGCUAAAAUUACCAAAGAUGAUGGCAGGGGGAGAGGAAAAGAUGAGCCUGGUGCAAAUGUUCUGUACAUUAGCAACAAUGAAGAUGCAGGUGUGGAUUUCAAGAGAAGAUGUUGAUAAAUGGUGAUUGUGGAGUAUUUUUCCGAAAACAGCAAUAUGGAGUAUUGCUCUUUGCUCUUGGCUCUUUGAGUAGGGACAGCUCACUACUUGGGAGAAGGCUGUGAAACAGGUGUUUGCAAUGGCUGCUACUGUGAACUUGGAACUUGAUCCCAUUUUUUUGAAAGCACUAGGCUUCUUACAUUCAAAGAGUAAGGAUUCUGCUGAAAAGCUAAAAGCACUACUUGAUGAAUCUUUGGCUCGGGGCAUUGAUUCAAGUUACCGUCCAUCUCAAAAGGAUGUGGAACCACCCAAAAUUUCAAGCACAAAAACUGUUUCCAUUAAGCAAGAGCCCAAAGCAUCAUCCAGUCUUCCUUCUGGCAAUAAUAAUGGCAAGGUCCUAACAACUGAAAAGGUAAAGAAGGAAAGUGAAAAGAGACCUGCUGAUAAAAUGAAAUCAGACAUCACUGAAGGGGUUGAUAUUCCAAAGAAACCUAGAUUGGAGAAACCAGAGACACGGUCCUCUCCCAUUACUGUCCAAACCAGCAAGGAUUUAGCUAUGGCUGACCUUUCCAGCUUUGAGGAGACCAGUGCUGAUGAUUUUGCCAUGGAGAUGGGAUUGGCCUGUGUUGUUUGUAGGCAAAUGACAGUGGCAUCUGGUAAUCAAUUAGUAGAAUGUCAGGAAUGCCAUAAUCUCUACCACCAAGAUUGCCAUAAACCGCAGGUGACAGACAAAGAAGUGAAUGACCCUCGCCUUGUGUGGUAUUGUGCCCGAUGUACCAGACAGAUGAAAAGAAUGGCUCAAAAAACUCAGAAACCACCACAGAAACCAGCCCCUACAGUUGUUUCUGUAGCUCCAGCUGUUAAAGAUCCAUUGGUUAAGAAACCAGAAACUAAACUCAAGCAAGAGUUAACUUUUCUAGCAUUUAAGAGAUCAGAAGUCAAGGCAUCCACGGUUGUUUCAGGAAAUUCUUCUAGUACCAGUGUUUCCUCUUCAGCAACUAGUGGCCUAACUGGAUGGGCAGCUUUUGCAGCCAAAACUUCUUCCGCUGGUCCAUCAACAGCAAAAUUGAGUUCAACAACCCAAAACAAUAGCGGGAAACCUGCUACCUCAUCAGCUAACCAGAAGCCCGUGGGUUUGACUGGCCUGGCAACAUCAUCCAAAGGUGGAAUAGCCUCCAAAAUAGGUUCCAGUAACAGCACUUCACCCACUGUACCAUUGAAGCCACCUCCACCUCUAACUUUGGGCAAAACUGGCCUUAGUCGCUCAGUUAGUUGUGACAAUGUUAGCAAAGUAGGUCUUCCCAGUCCAAGUAGUUUGGUUCCAGGAAGCAGCAGCCAACUAAGUGGGAAUGGAAAUAGUGGGACAUCAGGGCCUAGUGGAAGUACCACUAACAAAACCACUUCAGAAUCAAGCAGCUCUCCCUCAACAUCCCUUAAAGGUCCAACUUCACAAGAAUCACAGCUCAAUGCCAUGAAGCGAUUACAGAUGGUCAAGAAGAAGGCUGCCCAAAAGAAACUCAAGAAGUAAUGUGGCCAAGUAGGUUUUUAUAUCAUAUUACCCUAAAGAUUAAAAUCUUAUUAUUAAGACAUAAACUGUAGUAUACUAUAAUUUAAUAAAAAUCUUCAUAAUGAAAUUUCUAUUAUUUCUUACCUUAAAAUGCUAAAUAGUAGUUAAUGAAACUUGGAAAUGUUUAUUUUAAAUCUGUUUAGCAUUUUUAUUUUGACAGUUUUCAUAGUAUGUGAAAACAACGAUUAGAAUGACUAAUUCUUGAUGAAAACUUCUGGAAUCCCAGAAGACUGAUAGCAUAUGUGAAUUUUUUAAAAAAAUUCAUCUUCUGGCAAAGUCCCAAUAAUUGAUUCUGCUGAAUAAGAUGCCUUACAAGAGCCAGGGGUGACCCAAUAAUAAAGUUUUCUACUCCCCGCCCUGCCGUAGUCUGGAUAUUCAUUGGCAGUCCCAGCCUCAUAUCAAUUGAUUCUCCCUCUCCCCCCAAAUAUUUCAUCUCCCCCUUUUCAAAAUUAAUUUUUCAUAAUUGAUUUCUCAUAUCCCUGUAUUAUGUUUUUACCUUUUUGUCACCUCAUAUCAGUUAUUUAGGGAUUUAUCUCUUCCAAUAGAUUGUGAACCCCCAUGCCCUUUCAGUGCAAUAGUUUUCUCACAUUUCCCAGUUUCCUCACAUUGCCAGUGUAACAUAUGCACAUAGUAUAUGCUUAAUAAAUGUUGACUUUUGAUUUUUCCUGGUUACACACAUUUCCUGAGAAUUCUUGAGGAAAAUACCCAUUCCAAGAGUCUUUGUGGAUGGAUAAUUUCUGAUUUGUUUAUGUACUGAUAGCAUCUUCCUGUACCAUGAAAAAAAGGGCAAUUUUAUUUUUACUGCCCAAAAUAUUACAGCAAUUUACCUAAUUUUAGUUAACUUUGUAUAAAAGAAGUUUUAUUAAUUGAUUAAUUUUUUUUGAUUAAUUCUUGAGAUUCUUUUGAAGUGUGUGUGUGUACAUUAAGUCAGAAAGUAUGAAGGGUCUGAGUUGUUGACUUUUUGCAAGCUAGCAAAUUAUCCUGCUGUUGUUUUACAUACAUACUCUGACAGAAGACAUGAGGCUUUCUGGAUCAGAGAAAUAGCAAAAUGUAGCAGCCAUUUUUAUACAUUUUAUACUUCAUGAAUACCUCAUUUCAUCCAGAAACUAGAAGUCCAGCAAAUUCCUACAUUCACUAGACCGAGCAGCCUUGUUCUUUGAGCUUUGAUGUAUGCUACUAACACUUCACUAUAAACCUCUAAACUCAAACCCAUUCCCUUAAUUCCUAUAUUUUUCUCAUGUUAUUAUUCUAAAAUAUAUUGAUAAAUGAUUUCUGUGAAGUUAAAGCUUUUUAAAGUACGCUUGGUCUUUUUUAAGGAAAGAUAUUUUAAACUGCUUUGUUAAAUAAUGGCACUAAAUUAUUCAUGGUAAAUUACAAUUCAAAAUUGAAAUAAUCCAUUGCUUACAAAGUGGAGUAAACAUCUAUUUACAUGUUUAAAAUCUGCCUGCAGAUGUUUUUGUUUUGAGAAACUCAGAUUUCUGUUGAAUAAAUAUCAAUUUGGCAUCAACUCCAAGUCCCCUUUAGCGUCAAAAGACCAAAAAAAAUAUGUAUAUUCAUCAUUAUUGGCUUAUAGUUCAGGGCCAGUUUGGACUAAACUGGAUAAAAUGACAGUGUGACACAAGUUCAGCUCAACAACUAUAACAGUUAAUAUAACCUCAGUACCUACAAGAAAUUAAAGCAAUAAUGCAGACAGUUGCACAUUGGCACCUGAAAUGGAAAAUUUUAUCCCAUCAUAGUCAAAACAUCUGCUGAAUAGAGUUGAAAAGAGAAGCAGUUAUUUUACUUUCUAUAGUAUUUCAGAGAGGACUUCAGAGAACUUGUUUAGGAAGUAAUUUAACUUUUAUUGAGCAUGGCUCUUUGUAUAGAUUAUAUAUGUGUAUAAAUAUAUAUUUAGAAUCUUCACAUAUGUGUAGGAUGCAUACAUCUAGUAAUGUAUAACUCAGUUUGGUAUUUUAUAGAGGUAUAUUUGGUAUUAGAGUUUAUCCUCAAGUAGCUCUUAGACCUUGAUUUUUUUAACUGAGCAUGUGAUGAAAGUGGCCAGCUUUAUAUUAAUAGUAUUUAUCACUUGUUUUAUUCUGUUAUGUAUCGUUUGUUUUUCCCAUCGAAUUUAAAUUGUGUGAGGGCAAGGAUUUUGUUUGUUUUGCACACCGUGGUAUUCCCACUGCAGCUUUCGGCUCAGUGAAUGAAUAGACAGAUAUAUAGCUGAGCCAAAAAGCAAGCUUUUAGGAUUGUAAGUUCAAAUCCCAUUUUAGUAGAAAUUUGGUCAAUAUCACUUUUCUGUUUUGUAUAUCGUGCUUUCCAUUAGAUUAUUUAAUCAGAUAUUUUAGUGACUUAAAGAAAACGCUAAAAGAACACUGGCUUAAAGUCAGAAGACCUGUUUUUGAAUCCCAGUCCCUCCAUGUAUUAGCUGUGUGAUCUUGGUUUCCUCCUGUAUGAUGAUAAUGAAUGAGAUCAAAUGAAAGACCUCUAAUAUUCAAAGGUUAGGUGAUUCUGACUCUUAACAAGGAUGUGGUAGUACUGUUUAUUAGUAACAGAUUAUAAACUGUGAUGACCAUAGGUUAUAUAGGAAAUACAUCAUUUUAUAGAAAUACAUUUGGUGCAAUAAUUAUAAAAAUAAAUAUAAAAAUUAUAUAAGCAAGUAGAGAAAGCCAUACAUUUACAUACCAUAAUAUUAUUUCUUUAAAGUAAGAUAAGCUGUAUUUAAUUAAGAAUACAUUCCCUACAUUUUUGAACAAGAACAUCUUGUCCUGGUAUAUACUAACAUGACUUAUUUUCCUGAAAAAUUAAAGCAAAUUUUGUCUGUAUCUAGAGUGUAAUAUUGUGUGUGCAGUAACUGGCUUACAGAGACUCAGCUUGAAUUCCUGGAGUAAAGAUUUUUAUAUUGGAAUAAUUUUGUAGAUCACAGAGAAUUUAAUGACUGCCUUUUUAUAUAUAUACUAUUUAGUAUAUAUAAGAAGAGGGAGAUAAUUUAAAAAAUUUUUUUAAAUAGACUUUAAAAAUAGUAGCAUUCUAUAAAUAGUAGGAUAUCUCUAGAGAGUAUAAAGUCUAGUGUCCUUCCAAUCAAUGAAAUUUAAUUCCUUCCUCAUCAACUAUAAUGUAAACUUAUAUGCCUAAUUUAGCUUAAAUUUCGUGAGGUUUCUAGAUGUAUUCAGUAUUGAACGGUGCACUGCCUUAAGAAACCAUAGUUAUGACAAACAGGAUUUAAAUAAAGUGGUUUUGCCAUCUUAGAAUAUGAAGAUUUCCUCUUUACUCACAGAACUUUAAGAGGUUUUUGCAAUUGACAAAAGUCCAAGAAGUUUAUGGAAAAGUGAAGAGUUUUUAAUUCCAUGUUUACUGAUUUUUGUAAAUCAUCUAAAUAUUCAUCACAAGUAGUGACAAGCAUCUCUAAAAGUCCAAGUUAUAGUUUAGGGAAGAUAUGGAAUACACCAGCACUUAAAAGUAUUCCAUGCAAUGCUGCAUUUAUAUGAUUAACAAUGUGCGUUAUAUCUCUUCUGCACAAUUCCUCCUUCAUAGAAUUUUUAUACUAAUAAAUACUAAGACCAGAUAUUUUUCUAAAAUAUAAGGAAUGUUCAAAUAGUGGCCUUGUGACUUUUUCACAUGACUUAAGCACCCAUGGUAACUUUGUAUUACUGGAUUUUUUAUAAUUUCUAAACUUUAUUAUGUGUAUAGUUUAAGGCAUCUGUAUUUAAAAAUAAAUACUAAAUAAAAUGUA